AUGAAUGCGGUGGUGGGGGAGGCCCUGGAGGUCGUCUCCAUCGACAGGCCCAUUCUGACGCCGGGGCAGGAGCAGGAUAAGUGGCUUGGCGAGGCGGUGCAGGCGGUGAAGGAGAAGGCGGCCCGCAUGAAGACGUACAUCCGUCAGCGGGAAUUCAUCCACGUCCUGCGCAACGCCUCGCAGAUGCUGCUGGAGCUGCGCACGGGCAUGUUGGCCCCGCAGCACUACUACGAGCUGUACAUCAAGGUCUUUGAUGAGCUGCAGCACCUGGAGCAGUACAUUGAGGAGGAGCACAGCCGCGGGCGGUCGCUGGGGGAGAUGUACGAGGUGGUGCAGCACGCCGGCAACAUUGUCCCCCGCCUGUACCUCCUCAUCACCGUAGGAUCGGUCUACGUCAAGUCCGGCGAAGAGCCUGCCAUUGAGAUUAUGCGGGAUUUGGUGGAGAUGUGCAAAGGGGUACAGCACCCCACGCGGGGGCUCUUUCUGCGACACUUUCUCUUGACAAUGAUGAAGAACAAGCUGCCUGGCGACAGCGGCCGCGGAAGUGCGAACAGCCUGGAGAAUGACGGCGGCACGGUGGAGGACACCGCCGAGCUCAUUCUGCAGAACUUCAGCGAGAUGAAUUGGCUACUGAUCCGCAUCGAGGCUAAGGCGCCACCGCGGGCGGUGGAGGUGCAGAGUCAGCUGCACCGCAGGCAGAGGGACCGUAAGGAGCUGUGCGUGCUGGUGGGCAUGAACGUCGUGCGCCUCUCGCAGCUGGAGGGGGUGGAGCGCCAGGCGUACAAAAACACCAUUCUGCCGCGCCUGCUGAACAUCAUCGUCAAGUACCGCGAGCCUCUGGCGCAGCAGUACCUGCUGGACGUUAUCGUGCAGGUCUUCCCCGACGAGUUUCACCUCUUCACCCUCAAUGAGCUGCUUGCCGCCCUCGAGGACGUCUCCUCGGGCGUGGACGUGUGCGCCACCCUGGCCUCCCUCAUGGAGCGCCUCGGCAACUACGCGACCUCGCUGCGGGAGGGCCUCGCCGAGGUGAGUGGUCGCAAGGAGGAGAGGCUCCUGCAGACGAUGUUUGACGUGUUCAAGGCGCGCCUUGACGCCAUGCUGGCCGCAAGUGAGGCGAGGAACGGCAGCAGCAGCGGCAAGUUAACGAGUAGCGGUAGCAGUGACAAAAACAGCGGCGGCGGCGGCGGCGGCCACCCAAAGCACCCCUUCACCCUCGCCGCGUACCUGCGGGCGAUGAUGAGCCUCGUCCGUCUGACGCUGAGGGCGGACCGGGCGGCCGCCGUGGAGCACAUCGGCGCCGUCUUCACGGCCGUGGCGGGGCAACUCACCCUCCCGCUUAAGGAACCCUUAGCAAGGGCGAUCGAACGCAUGAUUGUGCACGUGAUUGAGACGCUCAAGGACCCCAGCGUCGUCCUCGGCAUUCUGGACCUGGAGGUUCUGACGCAGAAGCUGCCGUUCUUCUCGCGGCGGGUGGUGGCGGUCACGUUGUGCUCCGCUAGCGUGCAGUCCACGGCGCACCGCAUCGGGACGCUUGAGCUGUCUGCGCGGCUCUUUGAGCUUCUCGCCCCGCUGCUGCAGGAGGAGCCAGAUGCGCCUGCGCAGCGCGGCGCCGUGUACGUUGGCAACGCGGCGGAGGAAUUUCGCGAGGAGCAGAACCUCGUGUGUCGCGUGCUGCACCUACUGCGGUCUGACGACGACGCGACGCAGCUGAAGAUGCUGAAUGGUGUGCGGAAGCUGCUGGGGCAGUGCGGGCCGGAGCGCAUUGCCGUGACACUGCCGACGUUGGUCUCGCUUUACGUCCGCCUCGCGCUCCGCACGGCGAGCAUGGCCGAGGCAGAGGGCAACGACGAGGGCGGCGCCGCGACGAAGCGGCGGGUGCCGUGUACCAGGCCCUUUCAGAUCAUUCACUGCGGGGACGGGAAGGGCAUUCUUGAGAUGCUUGCCGCUGAGCAGCCGGUGGAAGGCUUUCAGCUCUACCUCACAAGCGCCAACGCCGCGGACACGUGUGGUCUGCCGGAUGUGGCAUACGAGCUGUACGUCAGUGCCUUUCAGCUCUACGAGGAGAAUGCCGCCGACACGCGGGAGCAGAUUGAGAUGCUCACUUGCCUCAUCUCCUCCCUCUACGGCCUGCGCAGCGUCGCUGAGGAGAACUACGAGCUGCUCGCCACCAAAGUCUGCCAGUACAGCUCCAAGCUGGUGCGGAAGGUGGAUCGCAGUCGCGUGGUGGCGCUCUGCGCGAGUCUCUUUUGGAAGACCGCCCUCUCCGAGGAGAGCCACCGCCGGGUGCUCGAGUGCCUUCAGCGCGCGCUGAAGAUUGCCGACCACGUGCAGGAGGCGCAGCGGCUCGCGCUCUUCGUUGAGCUGCUGAACCGGCUGCUGCACUACUACGCCACGAGUGCGCCCGGGGUGACGGUGCAGUACAUCUCCGCCCUCAUAGACCUCGUGCAGGAGGCGACGAACAGCUGCGGUGGCGCCGGCGCGGGCGACACCGACGACGACGGCUGCGAAGCGGAUGCGCUGAAGGAUGCCGUGGGGGAGAAAAACGCGAGCCACGGGACGGACGUCGGCUCCGCAAGGGAAGUGUACACUGCAGCGCGCACGUUCUACCGCAACACGACACGCUACAUUCGAUCGCGGCAGCAGGUGGAUGAACGCUGGAAGGAAAUUGAUGUGUAG